CCGUCUUCAUAACUCAGUAGCCUGAGCAGUGAGAAGGGCUCUUUCGACCUUGUUCCUUCAGCAAGAGGCGCUGUGCUGGUACAGAUCUUGUAGUAAUGUCUAAGGAGGCCCCCCGUGAACCGGAACAGCUGCGCAAGCUCUUCAUCGGAGGGCUGAGCUUCGAGACGACGGACGAGAGCCUGCGAGCCCACUUCGAGCAAUGGGGACAGCUCACGGACUGCGUGGUGAUGCGGGACCCCAGUACGAAGCGGUCCCGGGGGUUCGGCUUCGUGACGUACUCCUCGGUGCGGGAGGUGGACGCUGCCAUGAACGCCCGGCCCCACAAGGUGGAUGGCAGGGUGGUGGAGCCCAAGCGCGCCGUGUCUAGAGAGGACUCGACCCGGCCCGGCGCCCACAUGACCGUCAAGAAGAUCUUCGUGGGCGGCAUCAAGGAGGACACGGAGGAGCACCACCUGCGCGACUACUUCAGCGAGUUCGGCAAGAUCGAGGUCAUCGAGAUCAUGACCGACCGGGCCAGCGGCAAGAAGAGGGGCUUCGCCUUCGUCACCUUCGACGACCACGACUCCGUGGACCGGAUCGUCAUCCAGAAGUACCACACAGUGAACGGCCACAACUGUGAGGUGAGGAAAGCGCUGUCGAAGCAGGAGAUGGCGAGCGCAGGGAUGAACAUGAGAGGACGUGGGGGCAGCAGCUCAGGGAACUUUGGCAGAGGUGGUGGAUUUGGAGGUAAUGAUUUUGGCCGUGAUGGAUACUUCGGUGACCGUGGAGGCUUUGGAGGCCGUGGUGGAUAUGGAGGAGAUGGGGGCUACAACGGCUUUGGAGGAGACAGUGGCUACGGCGGCGGCCCUGGCUACGGGAGUAACCGUGGCUACGGCGGAGGGCAGGGUUACGGCGGCGGGCAGGGGGGCGGAUACGGAGGCAACGGAGGCGGCUACGACAACUACAACAACGGAGGGGGGGGCAGCUUCGGAGGAGGAAGCUUCGGCGGCAGCGGGAACUACAACGACUUCGGCAACUACAACAGCCAGUCCUCCUCCAGCUACGGCCCCAUGAAGGGGGGAAGCAACUUCGGAGGAGGCAGCGGCCGGAACAGCGGAGGCCCAUAUGGGGGCGGCUAUGGGGGUGGCUCAGGCAGUGGGGGUUAUGGAAGCAGUGCCGGAGGCCGAAGGUUCUAGGGAACCCCCCCACUUCUGAGGAGGGUUCAGUACUUAGGAGAGGAGAGCGACAGGAAGUGACAGGGAAGCAGCAGGUUCACACCCUAGAUCUGCUCAGCCAAGCACAGUUGUGGCAGGUUACAGCUGCUACAUGGAAGAGCAUGAAGUGUACAAAUAACAAUGUAGAGACUCCUUGUAUCAUGUUGAGCCUUCAAACAUGGUUUCUGUGUUUGUGGAAAAAAAAAUGCCAUCCAGCAGGAUAUUUUGUAGUUGCAAUUUGUUGUAAAAAGCGUCAAGCAUUCCAGAUGGUUUUAUGUAGAUUUUUUUUUUGGCAGCACCUGUGUGGUGUGUGUGUUUUUAUAAGUGUAACUGCAACUAAUCAAGUCAAAAUAAACCACAUUACACUUUUUUUUAAAAAAAA